AUGGCGGCAUCACUAGCAGCCGUAAAGAAGGAGAUGCGAAAGGGCAUCCGGGACAAACUAAAGGAGCUUUCUGUGGCUACUAUUACCUUCCAGUCCUCGGAUGUAAUGCUAACCUUCUUCUCCAUGCCCGAGUACAAGGCAGCGAGGCGGAUCAGUGUCUACUUGUCCAUGCCUGUGGGUGAGAUCAACACUUCGAACAUUGUCCGCGAUGCCCUUUCACAAGGCAAGGACGUCUUCAUUCCCUAUACAUACACCCUGCCAAGUCCAAACGAAGGGCAGCCCAAGUCCAUCAUGGAUAUGCUUCAGCUCAAGUCCAUGGACGACUUCAACGCUCUGCAGCCGGACAAAUGGGGCAUUCCCACUCCGAGUGAGGACUCGAUAGCAUCACGUGCGAACUGCUUCGGCAGCACUGGCAUCACAAAUGGAGAGACGACGACGGGCAUAGAAGCUGGUCUCGAUUUAAUCGUCAUGCCUGGCAUGGCUUUUGAUUCAAACUUUGGACGUCUUGGACAUGGCAAGGGCUUCUACGACUACUUCUUAACUCGAUGUCACCAAGCGUCGCGCAUGCCUUUUCGCGUCGGUCUCUCAUUGACCGAGCAGUUCCUCCCGCCGAACGAAUCGGUGCCCAUGGACUCUUCCGAUUUUCGCCUGGACGCCCUUAUAACUGGAGACGGCGAGCUCCGCCGCGCAGGAGCCUCAUGA